AUGCCUCAGAGGAAAUCAAUGCUGACGGAGAGUAUUGAUAGAUUGUCAAAUUUGAGAAAUUUGGAGGCUCUUGAUCUGAGUGACAAUUCAUUUGAUCGCAAAAUUUUGUCAUCUCUUAGUCGACUUUCUUCUCUCAAGUAUCUGAGACUCGAUGAUAUCGUCUUUUCAGAGAGAAAAAAUUACUUCAACAACAAUAGCAAUGAGUUCUCGGGCACCAUUCCAAGUAGCUUGUUUGUCAGCCCUCUAAGGUUUUUAGACAUUAGUAACAACAGUUUGUCUGGCAGAAUUCCCACAUCAUUGGGUAAUAUGACAAUGUUGAGUCACGUUUCUAUGUCUAUUAACCAACUUGAGGGUCCAAUCCCGGUCGAAAUUUGCAAUCUCGAUAAUCUUCUCCUCUUAGAUUUAUCUGAGAACAAGUUAAGUGGUUCAGUCCCAUCUUGCUUCAAUCCAUCGGAUAUAAGACAUGUCUAUCUAAACAAUAACCAAUUGGAAGGUGAGCUUACAUAUGCAUUUUACAAUAGCUCUUCUAUGGUGUUACUGGAUCUUAGAGAGAAUAAGUUCACUGGAAGUAUCCCUCAAUGGAUCGGCACUCUAUCAAGCAUGCGCAUUAUUCUUCUUGGAGACAUGUCUUAUCUCCGAUGUAUUGAAGCAAGAUGGGACUGA